CUCCCUGUCGUCGAUCUCGACGCCUUCUAUUCUGCUCCAGCCUCGCCUGCCGCACGCGCAGAGGCUGUCAAGACCGCAGAAGCCCUGAUCCAGUACGGCGCCCUCAUCGUUCGAGACGGUCGCGUGUCCGAGACGGCCAACCAGCGCUUCCUCGACGUCAUGGAGGACUACUUUGCGCAGGACGAGGCGCGGCUCAAGGAGGACUUGCGGCCCGAGGUCCACUACCAGGUCGGCGUCACGCUCGAGAACACGGAGAAGCCCAAGUGCCACUCGGACGACGCCUGUCGAGCCAUCAUCGCGGCAUUGGACCCGGCCGAGCGCCCGCUCGACCUCGAGGGCGGCCAGGCGGAUCCCAAGUGCCGCUUCUUCCACCGGAUGGGCAAGACGCCGCCGACGACCGACUUUCCCUCGCUGCGCAUGGACAACGUCACGCCCGCCGCCUUUCGCUCGACAUGGGCCGCCUCGAUGGAGGAGUGGGGCGCGCAGAUCAAGCAGGCUGUCGACGGCGUGAGCGAGAUGCUCGCCGUCGGGCUCGGGCUCGAGCGCGACACGUUCUUGCGCGCCGCCGAGUACGGCUCCCACCUCCUCGCGCCGACGGCGACCGACCUCGACAAGUGGGGCAAGGUCGGCGAGAUCUUUGCGGGCUUCCACACGGACCUGAAUUUUCUCACGAUCCAUGGUCGCUCUCGGUACCCGGGCCUGCACAUCUGGGCGCGCAACUCGGGCCGGCGCAUCACGGUCCAGCUCCCGCCGGGACACCUUCUCGUCCAGGCGGGCAAGCAGCUCGAGCACUACACGGGUGGCCUGGUGCUUGCGGGCCACCACGAGGUAUGCUGUACGACCGCGACGCUCGAGGCGCUCGUGCGCCGCCGCGCCGAUCCGGAAACGGCGCACCGGCCGGCGAUCCGCAUCUCGUCGACCUUCUUCCACCACCUGUCGUCGGACGAGGCGCUGUCGCCG